GCCUUUUCCUCUCCUGGGCUCCUGGCUUUAUAAAACCGGCCGCUUAAACCCUCCCCACCUCUCCAUAUCCGCUUCCAGACACUUCCCCCGUCCCCAGCGAACCUCCCCACCACCAUCUCGCGUCGCGGCGUCAGUUCCACUCCUUCGCCAUGGGCAAGAUUAAGAUCGGAAUCAACGGUUUCGGAAGGAUCGGGAGGCUCGUCGCCAGGGUCGCACUCCAGAGCGACGAUGUCGAGCUCGUCGCCGUCAACGACCCCUUCAUCACCACCGAGUACAUGACGUACAUGUUCAAGUACGACACAGUUCACGGCCAUUGGAAGCACAGUGACAUCAAGCUCAAAGACGACAAGACGCUGCUCUUCGGCGAGAAGCCAGUUACUGUCUUUGGCGUCAGGAACCCUGAGGAGAUCCCGUGGGGUGAGGCUGGUGCUGAUUACGUUGUGGAGUCCACCGGUGUCUUCACUGACAAGGACAAGGCCGCUGCUCACUUGAAGGGUGGUGCCAAGAAGGUGGUCAUCUCUGCCCCAAGCAAAGAUGCCCCUAUGUUUGUGGUUGGUGUCAAUGAGGACAAGUACACCUCGGAUGUUAACAUUGUCUCAAAUGCUAGCUGCACCACUAACUGCCUUGCUCCCCUAGCUAAGGUCAUUAAUGACAACUUUGGUAUUAUUGAGGGUCUGAUGACCACUGUUCAUGCCAUCACUGCCACACAGAAGACCGUUGAUGGUCCCUCAAGCAAGGACUGGAGAGGUGGCAGGGCCGCAAGCUUUAACAUCAUCCCCAGCAGCACUGGUGCUGCCAAGGCUGUUGGUAAGGUUCUUCCUGAGCUGAAUGGCAAGCUUACCGGUAUGUCUUUCCGGGUUCCCACUGUGGAUGUGUCAGUUGUUGAUCUCACUGUUAGAACCGAGAAGGCUGCAUCAUAUGAUGACAUCAAGAAGGCUAUCAAGGCUGCUUCCGAGGGAAAGCUCAAGGGUAUCAUGGGUUACGUUGAGGAAGAUUUGGUCUCCACCGACUUCGUUGGUGACAGCAGGUCCAGCAUCUUUGAUGCUAAGGCUGGAAUUGCUCUGAACGACCAUUUCGUCAAGCUUGUCUCGUGGUAUGACAACGAGUGGGGUUACAGCAACCGUGUUGUCGACCUGAUCCGCCACAUGGCCAAGACCCAGUAGAGCGUUCUGCUUUCCUUGUGGCGCCUGGUCAGAGGUGCCCCUUUGUCUAUGGGAAUAAAUGUGGAUGGUGUCGCUAGACGCCUGGUUCAUGUUAGUUGGACAUGAGUUACCAUCUGUUUUUCCGCACCGAGUUGCUAGUCAAGUACUCUUGAUUUAUGUAAAUCGUUCAGUCCAUUUACAACUUCUGUUUGCCUGAGUAAGUGUUUGAUGUUUACAGCCUGAGUAAGUGUUUGAUGUUUA